AAUUAAAGUGUUCGCUUUCGUAGUUACUGCCUAAAGCUAUCAUCAUGGUUGCCCCCAAGAAGCAAAAGAAGGCUCUGGAGAGCACCAACGCCCGUCUCGCGCUGGUGAUGAAAUCCGGCAAGUACUGCCUGGGCUACAAGCAGACCCUGAAGACCCUGCGCCAGGGCAAGGCCAAACUGGUGCUCAUCGCCAGCAACACGCCCGCUUUGAGGAAGUCUGAGAUUGAGUACUACGCCAUGUUGGCCAAGACUGAGGUCCAGCACUACAGCGGCACCAACAUCGAGCUCGGCACUGCCUGCGGUAAAUACUUCCGUGUGUGCACGCUGUCCAUUACCGAUCCUGGAGAUUCUGAUAUCAUCCGCUCGCUGGAGACGGCAUAAUUUAAACGCCUAUUCACAAUAAAGCUGUGUUUGACAAGAUAUUUUUUGAAUAA